AUGCCUGCAACUGCCUCUCUUACUGGCUCAGACCAGAAGAACUCAGGCAGACCAUCUUCGAUGCAAACGCAUGGUCCUGUACAUAGAGCAAUGUUCGUGGUCUUCACUGACAUCGACGCGGUCAAACACGAAUCUUCAGACGCAGACUACAAGUAUGGGAGUGCUAUCAGCAUCCAGCACUCACUCACUCUGCUCAUUCGGCAAUACUCUCUACAAUCUAGAGAGUUUGAGGGCAAACAAAGGCCUCUCAGAGACCUUGAAGCAACUACUUUGGAAAAACGGCUCUACAGCUUCCUUAGCCGUUCGCGCCGAUCAUGCAAAAGUCUAGCUUCAUCCAAGGCGAUGUGGCUCCAUGGAAGCUCUGCAUUGAGAGAAGCCGCCUUUGAGAACAUUCGAAAAACAUAUCUUUCAUACACUGAGCAUUCCAAUCUACCAAUUGCCGGGAGUUUCCCAGUGGUACAUUUCCAUCGGCAGGUUCAAGAUGCCACUUCAAGUCUUGGGCCUCGCCACCUAGCAUUGACGACAGAGAGGGACAGAAACGAGACUUCAGAACCACGCCGCGAUGGCUCCGUCCUCACAGAUCUGGAUAAGAUGGAAUCGUGGUCGGCGUCUCCAAAGCCCGAAGCCGUGCCGCCUGCUCGACGAUACGAAGGGUCAGGUUCAUCCUCGACGAAGUUUGUAAGCCAUGAAUCCAACUCCUCGGGUUCUCCUGGAUGUCAUACCUCAACAAACCAGCCCCAACUGUCGCCAAACAACCGGGAUUGCUUGACUUGGGACUCUUCGGGUGGAGAAGAUCGCUCGAGCUCUGGGUCUGAUGUGCUCUCCUCCGUCCGCAAGCCAAAGGCAAAGACCAGAAUGCCCGUAGAAGAUACAGCAGUCUCGAAACGAGAAGCAGCAACACAAAGAGCUGAAGAACGAACGAAUGCCAUUCUUGCAUCAUUACUAUCCACGGCGACUGCUGACCGUCCCAAGCGCAGGGCCAGUGUCUCUUCGCACCGCUUCUCGUUGCGAUGCAGGAGUCGUAGAAAAACGUUCCUGCCCAAUCAGACAGCAAACGCCAGCUUGAAUGCCGAUAUGAUAUCGCAUAUAGGCCACGUAGAGGAGCCUUUUCUUGGCCCUCCAGCCAAUUCGACCCRGAGCGAGAGCCUUGUAACGACCCUAGGAUCUCAAGCGUCGCGAUCAAGUAUGGAACACGCAGAUAUCGUGAUACCUCAGCAUGCUGUGAAGGCCUCCCGUGUUCAGGAUCUCGCACGUUCAAGUCAGUCCUCCGCUUCAAGCGAUUUCGACUUGAACAACCUAAAAACCAUUGUCAGCGACAUCUCCCGGCAGCUUCAAGAUCUGGUCCUCAACUUCUUUAUUAGUAUCUCCUUGCCGCGGACCACUCGAGAUAGCGGCCCGUUUGCGUGUUCGGAUUCACGCGAUCUACAUGCUCUGAUCCGGAAAUGCUGGGGUACAGACUGUGGACAACACUGGAAAGAGAUGUCCUCUUUUGACAGUAUGCGUGCGCUGGUCGCUUCAUUCGUCCACAGUCGAGUGCUGAUGGAUGGACAUGCUUUGCAGCCCAAGGUAUAUGAGCAACUUGGGUUAAGCGUUCAUCCAGAAAUCAUAUUCGGCCCUCUUCUACCCGAUCCAGAGAGCACUAGAGUAGCCCGCAAGCGCUGGGAUAGUUUGAUCGCGGAGAAGAUCGUUGCAAGUCCGGACAAUGCAAGGUUCAUCAGAGACAUCUCGAUCAGUCUAAGCGAAGAGCUCAUCGUCAUCCUGCGUCCUUAUAUCAGCCAACUGAUCAACACUGCAAAGGAUCUUCACCCAGAUCCAUGCCUACCUGAUGAGCAUGCCUGGCUUCCCGUCUUUCGGCAUGAAUCGAGCCAACUUAUGGAAGCUUCUUUGCGCUUGAAGAUCGACCUCACGAGGUCCUCAAGCGAAUAUACGUUCGUAUGGCCAAAUACCGGAGAAGUUCUGGACUCAUCAUACAUGCUGGCAUUACAUCGGACAAGUCCAGAUCGACAGUAUCAAGUGGCUUAUACUCUGUUCCCUUCCAUUCAGACCAAAGGACGAUUAGGUCUGAGAAAGAUAAGGCAUGCAGAGGUCGUGUCUAUGCCGUUAUGUGAGCUACUUUCUGAUCACCAAGCUGAAUCGACAGCGUUGGAAGCUCGGCAUGAGCUGGAGCCUGGAUCAAGCGCAAGGGGGAGCUAUUCAGCACGAUCUUCCAUGCAGCAGMCACCAUCUUGGGACACUUCCGAGACGCUUUAUCAGCACCGCGAUCAUGCCAACCAGUCUGGACCAUCUGCUUGCUGA